UAGCUUUGUGUUCUAGGGAAUCACCUCUGACCCAUAUUACUACACAACAAAGCAACUGAAAUACGACACAUUACAUCUGUUGCUCUCAUUUCCACACAUGUACAGUUAACUUCCAGCUUCUUGGUUCAAUCAGAAGCUUAAACCGUGUGAAAGUGACACAUCACGCUUCGGGAUAAACCUCAAGUAUGCCUGCAAACUACAGUGGAACCUGGGACAUGGUGGACAGUGAGAACUUGGAAGGUUACAUGGUGGCCCUUGGAAUUGAUUUUGCCACACGAAAAAUAGCGGGCAUGCUCAAGCCCCAGAAAAUUAUUGAGCAAGACGGAGACUCCUUCACCAUUAAAACUUUAACAACUUUCCGAAACUACUCCUGCUCAUUCAAAAUCGGUGAAGAGUUUGAGGAAGUCACCAAAGGCCUGGACAAUAGAAAAUGUCAGACGACAGUCAACUGGGAUAACGACAAACUUGUGUGUGUGCAAAAAGGUGAAAAAAAGAAACGAGGAUGGACACAUUGGAUAGACGGAGAUAAUCUUUACCUUGAAAUGAAAUGUGAAGAUCAGACCUGCAAACAAACAUACAAAAGAACUGCUUGAUACAUAACUAUUCUGAUGAAUUACCUUGAAUAGCCAAUAAUGAGCGGUCUUAGUGAUGAUGUAACACAUGAACCAUUUUUCAUUUUUAUUAAAAUGUAAUAUAUAGCACCAUUUAAGCAUUUCUCUUACACUAGAUUUCUACAUGGCAACAUUCCUAAUUAGU